ACAGGCUGCGUAACCGGAGCGUCGCACGCGUGUUCACGCUGGCUGUGCUAGCUGCCACUAGCAGAGACGGAGAGACCGUCGUGUUUCACUCUAGAUUUUGUCACGGUGUUUUGUUAAAACGGAAAGCUGGAGGAUUGUUUCGCACAAAUAAAGAACAGUGCCAGUCGGUUACGGUUUUUUAAAGAACGGCCGUGAAACAGUUCUGGUACCACAACUGUACAACCACCGUAUCAAAUUUUGGCAUUCCCGUUGGUGUGCGCUUUAAUUUUGGAUUCCGAUACAUACACUGCAGCCGGAAAAUAUUGAACAUGGCGGAGGGACGCAGUUACAUCGCUUAUUCGGAGGAGGCGAUGGCCGAGCAAAUCGCCCAGCUGACCACCAUUGUCAGCCAGCAGGCGGCGGCCAUUCAGAAUUUAUCCACAUCCAUCGCGCAUCUGUCGCAACGGAAUCUCGCGUUAUCGCGGAAUCAGUAUUCCGAUCACGCGGAACCGCCCAACCACAUUCUUAAUCACGAUAUCGCUGUGAUCGUUCCCUCCACCAGUAAGAUGACACCCGCGGCUAAUGAUCAUCGCGGUGGCCGGGCGGUGGCGGUGAAACGGGUGAUGCAUCCGAUCAAGCGGGAGGACUACCAGCAUUCCACGCCGACACAUUCCGUCAAAGUGCAGGCCCGCAAGAAGGCCAAACUGACCAACGGGUCAGCGGUAAAUUACGCGGCGGCGUCGGAUGGCGACGGGGAGGAUGGGAACCACCUGCCGACCCAAGGGGAGCACGACGAGGAUGGGCUGCCGGCGCUGGAUACCAUGGUCAAUACCGGUCGGUCGACGGCCGGAAUGCUGCGCAAUACUCACGCCACGCUGGGACCGACGGGUGUUGAUGCCAAAAAUCGCUUUCUCUCAUAUUUGCAAGCGUUGCGGGAGAACUAUUCCCUGGACGAGUGCAAAAAUGUUUUGCGCCCGCAAUUGUGUGAUGACUGGAUCGCUGUCCGCCCGGAGGAGCUGCUCAACCGUCUGCGUGAUAUCGAUGUGGAGGUUCCUUCCCGGCAGAAUCUCAUGGAUAUCGUGCAGGCCAUGGGGCCGGAUAUUGCGCGCGGACGCAGUGUCAAAUUCGGACGGGAGACGCGUCGCGCGGUGGCCGUUCCGCGGGCCUACUUUGACGCACAGGAACUACGGAACAUUGAUGACUGGUUUGUUGCUCCUCCCAUUUCCAGACGAAGACCAGAUGUUAACGCUUUCAAUCACGAUGAAAUUCAGCCGGACGACGAAGAUGCGGGAGCGGGACAGGAGUGGCCGCGCGAAGCCGAAGCAGAAAGCGACUAGCGCUCGUACAAAGUUACUAAUUGUUGCUGAUGGACAGUAAUAUUUGUUUCACACUACUUUGAUAAUCUCUUCAUUCUUCAGUUGGGCAACUGUUAUUGCAUAAUGAUACUGUAUUGCUUUUUACCGCUGUACAAAGUACCAGUCGAGGUUUUUUUAAUUUUCAGUUAUUAGCUUUUCAUGCGACGAAAAGCGUGGCUUUCUACCUUGAAGGUUGUGGAAGAUUUCCGGUCUGUAAUGCGCAGCUGUACCGUUACAUUUGUUUUGUCUUACUACAUGGAAAGCACGACUUCAAGUUUUCGACCUUGUUUUAAAAUUGUUUGUCGCUAAAACAAGAAAACAUUUGUUUACUUGCU